AUGGGCGGCAGCAUUCGUCGGGAUUUGAAAGGCAGCAGCGGGGGAAGCGGCGGGGGAAGCGGCGGGGGAAGCGGCAAGUCAAAGGAGAGAGCCAAGGCGCAUCGACCGGACCCGACAUCCCCGCACGUUAAAGCGUACGCGCAGCAUUUGAGAUCCACACACGAGGAGACGCUAGCAGAUAUCGGACUAAGCGGCUCGGACUUGGUCUAUAGCUACCACUACGUAGCUAACGCGUUCGCGGCGCGACUUACGUCAGAGCAGGUCCGGCUAUUAAAGCGGCAUCCUGGCGUGCACCGCGUUUCGCGGAUGCGAUCGCUUCGACCAAUGAUGACGCAUGUGCCCGAAUACCUGCAGCUGCCCCGGACCACCUGGGCCGCGUUUGGCGGCGCGGGAUACGCGGGCGAAAACACUGUUAUCGGAUUCGUCGACUCGGGGAUAUGGCCGCAGCACCCAUCAUUCUCGGGUCGCGGUUAUACCGGGUCGCAACUUCUGACGGGGUGGCGCGGGGUUUGUAACUUGACGCGUGACUUUAACGGGUGUAACAAUAAGAUCGUCGGAGCGCGGUUCUAUAUGGACGGAUUUCUACAAGAGUACGGCGAAGGCGCGUUGGCGAAGGGGGAGUACCGGUCGCCGCGCGACGCCAUGGGGCACGGCACGUUUUGCGCGGGCGUCGCGGCGGGGAACGCGGGAGUGAAGGUCAACUACGCCACUCUCGGGUCGCUCAGCGGCGUGGCGCCUCGCGCGCGCAUCGCGGUGUACAAAGUGAUCUGGGGAGGCAUGAGCAGCCUCGCUGACGUCAUGGCUGCUGUGGAAGACGCGGUGAAGGACGGUGUUGACGUGUUGUCGCUAGCGGUUGGCGGCACGGACGACAAUUAUUUCAACUCCAUUUUCCUGCUACGGGCUGUUCAGGCGGGUGUGCUGGUGGUGGCGCCAGCAGGCAACAACGGGCCUCCCCCAACGCCCACCUAUUGGCGCACUCUAACGAAUGUCGCUCCCUAUAUUCUCACAGUAGGAGCAAGCGCCACGGAUCGGGAAUGGAGUGCCACCCUCACCCUGGGCAACGGCACCAUGCUCUUCGGGCUCACCCAGACGGGCGGUGACGGUGUGCUCACCGCCAACCUGCCCCUCAUUGACUCCGAGGAGGCCCAUGCUACAGGCGCCUCCCUAUGGGAGGCGCGGCAGUGCCGCCCGGGGAAGAUCGACGCCGAAAAAGUGGGCGGCGGGCUCGUCUUAUGUUACAUCGGCGGGAUUAGUCCGGAGAGGAAGGCGCGGACGGUUCAGGACGCGGGGGCGCGAGGCAUGGUGCUUGUACCGAGGAACUCCAAUGAGAGCGUGCGCAGCGUGAGCGGAAACUUCCCGGUGAUUUCCUUUGGGUACCCCAAGGGUGUGCUGAUACGAGAUUACAUCAUGAAGACAGCGAGUCCCACCGCUACUCUCUCGCACCUCGUUUUAGAGCAGCCGAGGAAAGUCCGAUCGCCUAUAAUGGCGUAUUUCUCCUCCUCGGGACCGCCUUACCGCCCAGGUUACCCUUACCGUGCCCUUCCCACCGUUACCAAUGACGUCUUAAAGCCCGAUUUAGUUGCUCCGGGAUUGACCAUCCUCGCCGCAGCAGCCUACGGAAACUCCCCGGGGUUCUCGAUGCAAUCUGGGACGUCGGUUUCAGCGGCGUGUGUGGCUGGGAUCGCAGCGAUGGUGAUGCAAAAGCAUCCGGAUUGGACGCCGGCUGCGGUGAAAUCCGCGCUUAUGACCACAGCGCGAGUGUUAGACGCGUGGGGGCAGCCGAUUCAAAUGUCUACGUGGGUCGACGCGAAUCCCUGGGUGUUUGGAUCGGGACACGUGGUUCCCUCGCGAGUUCUCAGCCCCGGAUUGGUUUACGACGUCGGAAUCGAGGGGUACAUAAAUUUCCUCGCGGGUCUUCGCUACGGGCUUACCAGGGGGAUUUUUCGGCCGAUUCAAUUGGACCCGGUAAAGCCGUACAUGCUCAACCAGCCGAAUAUUGUCGUCGCGCGGCUGAACAAGACCGUUCAGGUUACCAGGCGGGUUACCAACGUGGCGUUACGAGCUGCAAAGUACACUUGCACGCUUGAAACGCCGGAUGGUACGGAGUUAAAAGUGGUUCCUUCCCAGUUUACUAUAUAUCCCAACCAGAGUGUUUGGUACUCGGUAUGGAUAACUCCGACAGUAGCUAGGGUGAGGUUUUCUCCUGGUAGCAUCACUUGGAGUGACGGGCUGCAUGUGGUUAGAUCGCAACUGGUAGUGCAGCCAAUGCUGGGCAUUGAUGUAUGA